UUUUUGAGCACUGUUUGUUAUGCGUGAUUCUUCAUAAAGCAUGUAUGUUACACCAAAAACAUAAAUAAAAAAUUGAAUUAAAAGAAGUGUCAUUAAUAGAAGUGUCAUUAAUAAAAGUGUCAGUGCAGUGCAAAUUGCAGUCACUAUGAUCUGUGGGUGUAGUGUAUGUAAUCUCACCCUCCUGUGGAUUAAUUGCGGUCCUGUCACGGUUGGAAGCAUGUGCAUUCCUGGCAAUUGAAGCUGGGGUCCAUUGGUGAAGAGAAGAUGAAUUCCUGAAACUGUUCCUUGUGCUGGCUGAUGCAGGAUAAUUUCUUAUCCUGCGUUUUGUUGAAUCUAGAGGGGGUGAGUAGCUCCUCUUUUCUUUCCUAGCUCUUUCUGCUGGCAGGGGAGAGAGCGGUGCAUUGCUGUGCUGAGGCACAGUGAUGAUGUCAUCCUCUGUGUCCGGCUCUGUGCUCCUGCAUAAGACUGGUGCACAGACCGGAUUAGUUGAUUGCAGAGCAGGCUCAGCUCUGGAUCGUUCCUGCUGAAGACAGCUGCGGAGCCACUGUUUCCCACCGUUGCUGUCUCAUCCAAUCAAGUUUCUACAGUGGUGGCCUCUGCCAGUACUAUCCCCAUCUGAAUCCAGGACUGGAAGUUGAAAACAAAGCAUCUGGAACGCGGAAGCGGGGUAACCCACAGGUGGAGUGCAUGAAGAAGAAGUGGACUGGAAGCGCUUCCGGUGUUCGGCUUCUCUUUCAUGUGUUUGGGGAUGUGCAGCAGAUCAGCACGGAUGCCUGAUGCCAGACAUAUCCUUUGUAUGUCCUAUACCUCCGGAAGGGGGUCCAUGGAGUUCCCCAGAGGGGGAACUACAUGCAGCUCGGCCUAGUGCCACCAUGAUACUUGCCUCAUGGUGGUCCAGGUUGUUUCUACUGGAUUCUGUGUUUGGUGUUUGUGCUGGGUCCUGCCUGGUGUGUGUGUUUGGGCCUAUGCGCAUUUCCAGGAUCCAGUGGUAGCGGCGUGGAUGGCUCGAGUUCCUGUUGCAGCUGUGUCAGGUUCUUUGCAAAAGCAAUAUACCCAGUGUCCCCCUUAUGUCGGCUUGUUUUGUUGUGGGACAAGCUGUAGUUUUUAUUGGUACCAUUUUGGGCAUUCAUUAUGAAGUAUAUAUGAUAUGAAAACUUUAAGUGCGAGACGAAGCACAUACGCACACCCUAUAGGCAGAGUGAGAGAAGCUUAGCCGGUAAGCAGGCCGCAGCCUAUGGGGGGAGGGGGGGAAGAGCUAUCCCGGAAACUAGGCUCGCCAGGAAGGAGAGGAGAGCAGGAGAUCUGUCAAAAACCGAUUAGAGGAUUUGGUUCAAUCCUUUUUCUGUUUUCUAAGGAUCAAAGUGUUAUGGAACCAACUAACCAGAGCUCAAACGUAGACAGACAACAAUGGAACAAUGAGGGGAGUCAGGAGUCCGCCUCAUCUGUUGAGAGCAACAUCCCACCAAUAAAUCAUGGACAGACACAAUAUCUAUCUAGCCAUUUUAAGGAGGAACAAUUCUUGUGUGAUGGAGGAAAUGAAUCAGCCCCCAAUAUUUAUACACCUACUGAUCCUACACAAGAAAAUCAGCUUGAUCACAUUAAGGAGGAACCAGUCGCUUCUGAUGGAACAGCCCUCAGAAAUCCUAAUACACCCAUAGAUGACAUUGAAUAUCCAUCUGCUCAUAUUAAGGAGGAAUCUUGUGAUGGAAGAAAGCUCAUGGUCCCUGACAUUGAUGUGCUUAAAAGCCAUACACAGGGGUCAUCUACUUGUGUUAAAGAGGAACCAUUCUUAAAUGAUAAAAGAGAACACACUAACACUUGCACUCUCACAGAUAAUAUACAAUAUCCAUCUACUCUCAUUAAAGAGGAAUCAGCCGCAGGUAAAGAAAACAAUGAUACUGACUCACCUAUAGUUAUUACACAAUAUUCAUUAUGUCAUAUUAAAGACAAAUUAGACACAACUGAGGAAGACACUGAUAUUGAUAUGCCAACAGAUGAUACAAUAUUCUCUCCUGCUCAUAUUAAGGCUGAAACAGGGUCAGGCGAUGGAGAAAACCACACAGAUGUUUCCUCAUGUCAUACAGAGACACCUCUUUAUACUGUUCAUGUUAAAGAGGAAUCACUUUCAUAUGAAGACGAUAAUCUGUCAGAGUAUAAACUAGUGUGUAUCAAAGAAGAGUCGGUUUCUGGUGACGAUGACAGCACUACAGACAAUGAUAAUUAUUUGUCCAUUGAAUGUAUAGAUUCACAGUUAAAUGAAGAAUGGUCACAAAGUGACGAUGGAAACUUGAGUCAAUCAGAAACAAAAUCAUUUUCUUGCUUAGUGUGCGACAAGCAGUUUAGUCGUAAAUCACAUCUUUGUAGACACAAUAAAGCCCACAGUGGUUUGAAACCAUUCUCUUGCACUUAUUGUGGGAAGUGUUUUUCACAUCUAGAACAGUGCAUAACACAUGAAAAGAUCCAUACUGGUGAAAAACCAUUUUCAUGUUCGUAUUGUGAGAAGAGAUUUUCUCAGAAGUCCCAUGUGACUGUUCACGAGAGGUCUCACACAGGAGACAAACCAUUCGCUUGUUUCUAUUGUGGAAAAAGGUUUUCUCAAAAGGCAAGACUGGUUGUCCAUGAAAAAUACCAUACGGACGAUAAAAGAUUUUCAUGCUCUUUCUGUGGGAGAUGUUUCCUACGUCAAGAACAGUGUGAGGCUCAUCAAAGAACGCACACUGGAGAGAAGCCAUAUCCAUGCACAUACUGUGAGAAAGGCUUUAAUCAAAGAGCACAGCUUAUUAUACAUGAGAGAGUCCACACAGGGGAGAAACCAGUCUCCUGUCCGGACUGUGGAAAAUGUUUCUCCCAAAGAUCUAACCUUAUUACCCACCAAAGAAUUCACACUGGAGAAAAACCUUACUCUUGUUCUCACUGUGAGAAAUGUUUCAACACCCAAACAAGUCUGAUUCUACACAUGAGAGGGCACACAGGAGAGAAACCAUAUUCUUGUGCAGAAUGUGGGAAAUGCUUCACCCACAAGUCAGUCUAUAGCAAGCAUCAAAGAGUUCAUACAGGCGAGAAGCCAUUUUCAUGCACUGUAUGCGACAGGCGGUUUUCUCAGAAGGCUCCACUUAUAGCACAUCAGCGGACGCACACAGGUGAGAAGCCUUUCUCAUGUUCUGAUUGUGGAAAGAAGUUUUCUCAGAAAGGACAUCUUGUGACCCAUCAAAGAAUUCACACUGGGGAGAAGCCAUUUUCAUGUUCAGAAUGUGGGAAUAGUUUUAACACUCAGUCUAGUCUUGUUUUUCAUCAAAGACUACAUACUGGAGAGAAACCAUACCCUUGUACUGUCUGUGAAAAAAGUUAUACCAAUAAGUCUCAGUUGGUAAAACAUCUGAAGAUCCACUCAGGAGAAAAACCAUUUGAGUGUCCAGAAUGUGGUAAAUGUUUCACCCGUAAGGCAGACUUUGUUGUUCAUCAGCGGGUCCACACUGGGGAGAAACCCUACCCAUGCUCCGAAUGUGGAAAACGAUUUACCAUCCACCAAAACCUUGUCCUACACCAACGGAUCCACACCGGAGAGAAACUUUGUUUUUGUUCAGAAUGUGGAAAAUGUUUUACUCGGAAGUCUGAUUUUGUGAUCCACCAAAGGGUACACACAGGGGAGAGGCCAUACUCAUGUUCAGAAUGCGGCAAGAGUUUUAGCAUUCAUCAAAAUCUCAUUUUGCACCAGAGAAUUCAUACAGGAGAAAAACCAUAUUUGUGUUCCGAGUGCGGUAAAACUUUUGGUCAGAAAUGCACAUUGAAUAGACAUGUGAAAAUACAUAAGGGGGAAAAACGACGUUCUUCCAAAUAAAAGAUGAACAUUUUCUGCUGUACAGAUUUAUAUUACUGAGUUUAUAUUAUAAUGUUCCUAAACAUAUUAUAUGUCAGGCUUUAAACAUGUUUCUGAAAUAUCACAACCAUUUUUUUAGAUGUGCCAUCUGACUGAGAAUUGGCCCAUAUCACUAAGGGUUAAUUCCCAAGGAAUCCAAGCAGCUGGACCCUUUGCAAUCAACUUAUUGUCAGUAACUUUUCAAAUGAAAAAAAGUUGUAAAAAAUUGACAAACCCUUAAAGAGCUGGUAAGAGCUUACACAGUUAUGCCAAGACUAGAUUGCAGUAUUUAGAACAGAUCUACAGUCAUUCUGUAGUGUCCUAUAAUAUUUACCACUGUUUCACCUUUGAAAAAUAUCUUUUAACUAAUCGGGACAUUCACAUCUCAUGUACAACCAAUAACGUAUAUUGUGUAUAUUUUAGAGCCUGCAAAAGAUCACUGAAAACCCGUAUGUACUCAAGGUUUAUGAAACCUUUUUAAAAUCAAGACCCAUCGAUAUGGGUAAAAAGCAUAAACUUUUGGUGUUGCACAAAUGUUGUUGACCAUCUCUUUCGCCUGUAGUUUAAGAUGCUUGGUGCGAGAAUGAAUAGAGUUUCACAGUAGAGACCUCAGGUAUUGUAUGAAUGCCUAAGCUAUCUGACUGCCUUUACUGUGGGCCACAUCCCCCAUCAGCAUUUUUUUACUUCUAUCUGGAGACACAAUCAGCUGCAUAAUUGGAGAUACAUUUCAGUACACUGUUAUUAGAAU